AUGACAAAAGAAUACAGGUGUAAAAAUACAAAUACAGAAAAUAUUGAUCAGAUCAAUAUUGUAAGUAAAUAUAUUACAAGUUCAUUUGGCAGGUCUGAAGUAUCUCAUUUUGCUAAAUUUAAUCAUAAAUUUCCACAGUACAGAAAUUCAGAAGAGAUUAUUACUGUAAUUUUAAAUUAUGAUAAACUUAUUAUUAAUAAUGAUACUGUAUUUAUCACUACAGAUAUGUCUAAUAUUAGAAAAUACUGUGAUAGUAUUUAUAAAUCUAUUACCAAUAUUCCUAAAGGUUCAUUUGUAUCUUUUAUUUUUCAUGGUGUACUUGGUAGAUCUAUAACAGUAAGUUUAGUAGAUAUGUUUAUUAAUCAAAUAGGAUGUAAAGGUUUACUUAUACAGCCCUAUUCUUUAAAUAUGUGUAUAGGAUUAGGAAUACAACAUUGUAUUCUUGUUGAUGAAUACUCCACACAUACAAAUGUGUAUAUUGUAGAUGACUAUGUACUACAUGACUGUUUUACUGUUAAAAAAAGUAUAAAUUAUAGUGUUAGUGUGUGUUUACCUGAUGAUCAAGAUUAUGUAGAAGAUUAUCAGAAGCUUAGAAUGAUAGAAGAUAUUCCUUAUUACGGAUGUAAGAUAUGUGAUUAUAAAUCUAAAGUGCUGUUUAAAGUACAAGAACAUUUAAAAAUAAAUCACUUUUUUAGUGAGAAUGAUAAAAAUAUGAUAUUUAAAUAUGAAAAUAAUCAUGAAGAUUGUAUUCAAGAGAUUGUAAAAAGACUUAGAUUUUUAUACUUUAAUUUAGAAAGACUUAAAAGAAUGAAUAUAAGAGUAGUACAUAAUAAUUAUAAUAAUAUUAAUGAUUUAUGUGAACAGUUAAAAUUUUUAUACAAUAAUGUGAUACCAAUACAAGCAGAUGAUAGUGUAAUUUUUAAAGGGAAUGAAUUAUUUAAUACACUUGAACUUAGUAAAGAGUGUUGGAUAACCGAUAAAGAAUGGAAUGCAGGAAAAUUAAGAGUUUUAAAAGAUAAGAUUUUAUUUAACUUGUAA